AGAAUGCAAUUAAAUCCUCUCCAAUUCACAGAGAACCAAAGACAGUGAAAAGACCUUUAAAACGCGAAGUUCCUAUAAAAGAUUCAUUGGAUAUUUGUAACCUCUCAAACUACAGACAUCAUCAAGCAUCUCAUGCUCUCUCAAAAACUGUUAAACAGCCUUUUUACCCCACAGUAAUGAACGUACAGCAUCAACUCUGCUGACGAGAAAGCGAUUCCAUUUUGCUCAAACAGGCUCCGAUCAAAACCUCACCACCUUCCCCUCAACUAUGGGAAUGAACCCAAACCAAUAAGACGCUCCUUAGAGGAUAUGCAAUGAUCUUAGAGAAUUAAAACAACAUCCUGCCCGAAGGACCACAACCAAGACAGCACCGACUUGAAAUUCAAAGCCAGGUCCCUGGCGAAGAAAGCGCUUUACUGUGCUCUCCACGUCCCCGGGUGCGAGUUUCCAGCUCGACUACUAGGCCAUGACUGGGGGCACGCGCCAGGCGAGCGCGGCGAGACCCGGGAUGCCAGGGACCCCGAAGCGCGGGAGAUCACGGCCCUGCCUCCGGGGCGCGGGGAAAGAGGAGCGACCGCACCCGGAGGGCCCUGUGACCCGCUGCCGCCCGAACCGGACCCGCCCCACGGCGCCUCCCUCCAGCCUCCGCUCCCUCCCUCCGUCCCGCGGCCCGUUAUUCCCCAGCCCCCACACUCACCAGCGGCUGCACCUGAGCCUGCCGCUGCCUCAGCUGCUGCCUGCGCCUCCGCAGCCGCCGCCGCCGCCUCGCUGCUGA